AUGGCGGAGGCGGAGAGGCAGAGCAGGGCUCCACCACCUCCGCCGCAGCGCCAGCAGCUGGAGGAGGCGCGACGGCCUUCUCCGGAGCAGCAGAUUCCUCCGCUGCCACCGACGACGCGGCGCCCAGCGAUGCCACCACCACCGACAGAGCCAAGACCACAAACCCUGCCCCCGCCGCCAGAAGCGCCAGCUGCCGGGGACCUCCACCAAAGGCCCCUUCCAUCGGACGCAUCGAGCACGUUCGCCGGGGCCGCACCAGCUGGGGGGUCCGGGCCCCAGCCAGUACCUUCAUCUUCCCCUGCUGGGGGGUCGGCGACAACUCCAGCAGGGACUCCGCCCGCGCCAGCACCAAUAGCUUCUGGACCCAGAGGUUCGGAGCCGGAGGGUGCCACACCCCGAAGGCCCGAAACCGCCCACCAGGAGGAGGCCGCCGGACCUACUGCGACGACCGAGGCGCCAGCAGCAGCAGUGCCGGAGGCAGCGGGGGUGCUGGAGGCGGUGACACUGGAGGCCGCGGAGGUGCCAGAGGCAGUAGCACCGGAGGCCGCAGAGGUCACCAGCACCACCGCUCCACCCGCGCAGAAGGAGGAGCCGGAGGUGGUGCUGGGGAGGCGCCUUCUCCCGAGCCCAGCGGAGAUUCCCCUCCCCCGCCUCUUUGCCAAGAGCCAACAAGUGCAGGAGGAGCUGGAGGCAGGCAUCCACCAGGAGUGGGAGAGGCUCUCCAACUGGGAGCGCCACCUGGGGGACCGCAUCAACACCGUCUUCGCCCGCUACGCUGGGGAGCGCACCUAG